AUGCCUAGAUGUAGCUGGGAUACCGCCUCGUUUCUGGCCCGUCGCAUCCGCUCGCCUGGUCGAUGGUCGUUGAAUUCGGCCGGUCGGCAAACCUCCACCGCGCAACCAGGUCGCGGGCCAACCUCGCGCAGUCGAGACAACGAUCGGCACACCAUCGAAGACGAGCAUGCCGCCCUCAUAGACACCUCCAGCCUCCGUAAUACUCUCGAAGCAGUCAAAGCUGCUAAUCGGACCCGUCUCAUUCGCAAAGUCGACGAGGCGGGCAAUAGUCAACGUCUCUCUCUGCCCAACUUGCUGGGGCUUCCGCUUGACGAGCGACCCAACGAUGUGGUUCCGCAGGAGGAAAAGAAACGUACGAAGCAAGAUGUACACGAUGAGCAUCCCAGUGACCUUCCGCGACUGAACCUAAAUACAUCCCAGACUGAUCGGGGCCCAGGACCCCCAGUCCCAUCGAAAAGGCAAUUCGUUGUGCCUGUCAACGAAUUGCCUGUCACUGGGCCAGGUGGCGAAGUACCGCCUCUGUCAACUCAAUGGGAGCUCCAUGGCGCUGUGCCUGCUAGAUUCCGAUUGCCAUGGCUUAUAUGCGUGGACAAGGAUGUCCGCACCAAAGCCCUCGUCAGCCGAGCCAGGCUUGCUAUGGAAAUAGAGGCAUUCGAUUCAUAUUAUACACCAUCUGUCGCAGAGGAAGAGGUGGUGGCGCAGGUCGUCAGCGAUCUUGAGUUGACUCUCAGUGAUAGCAUGACAGAUUUCAAAGUAGAGCUCAUGGGUUCCCGAGCCACUGGACUCGCAUCACCUCUUUCUGAUAUCGAUGUCAACCUCGUGCCCAGAGACAGUCGACGGCCCGACGUUGUGGAGGACCGCCCGCAGGCAUUACAAGUAUUGAGAAAGCUUGCUCGGGUUUUGCGCCAGAUACGUGUACAGACGCCCUCUCUGAAAUCCAAAUUUGCGGUGUCCUUCUUGAUCAGCAAGGCUCGAGUGCCUAUACUUCGAGUCUUCCACUUACCUUCGGGCUUGGAAAUGCAGAUACAACAUACCAACGUCGGAUACAACACGACGGAGUACGCAAAGACGUUUAUCCGCGAGUAUCCUACCCUCAAGCGAUUGUUCAUGGUCGUCAGACAGGCAUUGGCGGUUCGGGGGCUGACAAAUGGAUGGUCGGGGGGAAUUACUUCUUACCCGCUCCUCAACAUGAUUGUUGCGGCUCUGAAAGACCAUGAGGAACAACACGGCUCGGGCGACGUUGCAGACCAAUUUCUCCACUUCCUUGAGAUGUAUUCCGACCUCGACUUCGAUUCGACAGGCAUAUCUAUCACUCCAUUCAAAAUCCUUACCCAGACUGAUUUCGAGGAUACAAGUAAUCCCAUUCAACAGCAUUUUAGGCGUACAGGGUAUCAGUAUAUGUACCUCGAGGAUCCGGCAGACCCCUCGAACAACCUGGGAAAAUCUGUCGUCAAGGUCAGAGAUAUGCAAGCCACGAUCAUCGCUCUACGCAGUAUUCUAUCUCAGGCGAUGCGCCAAUGGGAUGACACAGUUGGAAAAUUGUCGGAAAAGAGGCUGUCUUCUGAAAAUAUGCCAUCAUUACUGGCAAACAUCAUAGAAGGUGAUUACCGGACCUUCGAGCUAGAUCGAGCGGCAUUGACACAAAUGCCGCCACAGAGGUAG